AUGGUAACCGCCUUUCAGAAAGGCUUAAACACCACAGGACCUAACAUUAAAGGCUUAGCAAAAAAAGUUACAUUUUCCAAGAAAAUCCAACCUAUACAAUUGCCAGAACAAGAUUAUGAAGUACCAGCAGGCACAAAAGUUACUACUGCGGGUUGGGGCAAAACUGAGCAUCGAGUCAACUAUACUCCGUUCUUACUGGAAAUCUCCACCAAAAUCAUAGACAGUCAAACUUGUGAAAAACUUUUUUCCUCGACGAAGGGCGUAAAAGUUACAGAACGAAAUAUAUGUGCCGAAAACUUCAAAGAAAAGAAAGUUGCAUGCGGUGGUGAUUCAGGUGGACCACUAGAACUAAACGGCACGUUAAUUGGCGUUGUAUCAUGGGGUGAUUGCAAUUCACCUGCAGAAGUUGUAGAGAAGUAUACUACAGUUUUUAGCGAUGUUAGGGAUUUUAUACCAUGGAUCAAAAAACAUGCUGCCAUCUAGUGUAAAUAUUCUUUUCACAAAAAGUUUUUAUUCACAUAAUUGUCUAAAAAAUUCCAAAAUCAAUAAAGAACUAUCAAACAUAAUAAAA